CUCUGCGCCCGCAGGCUCUGCCUCUACACCCACCGCCGAAUGGCUAUUGCCGCCGAGGACGUGUGCCUGGAGCGGGUGCUGCCGAUGGACGAGGGCUUUGCGCUGGAAGAAGUUGUUCCAGAGACGGGGCUGCCCACCCUAGGAUCAGAUGUAACCUUCCAAAUUGUCUCGCCUGAUGCCAACUUGCUUGUGCAGCUACCUUUUGGCUCCCAGACACAGACAUUCUUGAGAGAGGUCAGGAAAUGCUGCGGUGCAGGUGUUGUUGGGAAAGAAGACUGCCCGCCAGAGGGGGAGACGUGGCCUGGCAGCAGCAAGGGGCAGAGCGUGGCUGGUGGGGCCCCCAGGCCAAGCAAGCUCCACAGGGAGGGAACCUCAGAUGCUCUGGUGUCAAGCAAGACCCUGGACCGGAGAGGAUCCACCCUCAGGUCCCAGCUCCUGCAGAAGGAGGACCUGUACACAUUCCUCUGCUGUUUCAAGUUCUUUGUUGGUUCAUACAAUGUGAAUGGCCAGUCACCCCAGGAAAGCCUUCUGCCCUGGCUGAGCCAUGACCCAGAGCCUCCAGAUGUCUACUGUGUGGGCUUUCAGGCACUGGAUCCAAGCAGAGAGGCUGCUGUGUUCCACGACACACCCAGAGAAGAGGAAUGGUUUAAAGCUGUGACCAAGAGCCUCCACCCAGGAGCCAAGUACGCGACGAUCAAACUUGUCCGGCGUGUCGGGAUCUUGCUGCUGCUCUGUGUGAGAAGGGAGCUUGCUGCCAAUAUUUCGGACGUGGGCAUAGCAACUGUUGGCUCCCUGGUUGGCAUGGGUGACAAGGGGGCCGUGGCCAUCCACUUCAGGUUUCAUAGCACCACUAUUUGUAUGGUGAAUGCCCACCUGGCAGCCCACCCACAGGAAUCUGAGCAGCAGAACCAGGACUUCCAUGACAUCUGUGCCCGCCUGCAAUUCUACCAGCAGGAUCCCAGCCUACCAGCCAUCCCCCUCAGCCAGCAUGACGUUAUCGUAUGGUUGGGGGACUUGAACUACCGGCUGGAGGAGCAGGACAUAGAGCGAGUAAAGAAACUGAUAGAUGCCCAAGAUAUCUGUGCUCUUUAUCAGUAUGAUCAGCUGAAGAACCAAAUGGAGGCAAAGAGGGUGUUUGAAGACUUCACAGAGGGAGAGAUCAACUUCCAACCCACUUACAAAUACAAAGCUGGCUCUGAUGAAUGGGAUACCAGUGAGCGAUGCUGUGCCUUUGCCUGGUGUGACCGAAUUCUAUUCAAGGGGAAGACCAUCUCUCAGCUGAGCUACCGAAGCCACAUGUCCUUGAGGAACAGUGACCACAAGCCAGUCAGUGCUGUGUUCAGCAUUGGGGUGAAGGUGGUGGAUGAGCAGCUCUACCGCAAAGUCUUUGAGGAAACUGUGAGCUCCCUAGACAAGAUGGAGAAUGCUAGCAUCCCAUCCGUCACGCUCUCCAAGAGGGAGUUCUUCUUCAGGGACGUGAAGUUCAUGCAGUUACAGAUGGAAUUCUUCAUCAUCUGCAACGGGCCAAUCCCUUGCCAGUUUGAGUUCAUCUGCAAGCCACAUGAAAGCAGCUAUUGCAAGCCAUGGUUAAUAGCAAAACCCAGCAAGGGCUUCUUGUUACCAGAUGCUGAGGUAACUGUUGAGUUGGAAGUAUUUGUGAAUAAAUCAACAGCAACCCAUUUAAACUCUGGAGAAGACCAUUUGGAAGACAUCUUAGUUUUACACCUUGAUCGGGGCAAGGAUUAUUUUUUAUCUGUGUCAGGGAAUUACCUGCCCAGCUGCUUUGGGUCCCCUAUACAGGCACUCACUCACAUGAGACAACCCAUUCAAGAUAUGUUGCCAGAGGCCAUCAGGAAUCUGGUGAGUUCUUACUGCCCUGGUACUGCCCUUUUACCCUGUGAUACCCUGAUUUGCACAAGUUCAAAGGCUCUUAUAGAGCAUGUGGCUGUUUUUAUCCAGACACUGAUGCCAUUGUGGUCAGGAGAAGAUUUCUUCUGGGAUGAGAAGCCCUUGGACAUACCCAAGGAACUGUGGAUGAUGGUGGACCAUCUCUGCCGCAGUGCUUGCCAGCAGAAAGACCUGUUCCAGCAGCCUGGCCUGAGAGCUGAGUUUCCGGAGAUCCGCGACUGCCUGGACACAGGGACGUUGGACACGUUCAUUGGCAGCAGCUCCUCAGUGGCUGAAGCCCUGCUCCUCUUCUUGGAGAGUCUUCCUGAGCCAGUUAUCUGUUACCAGCUGUAUGACAGCAGUGUGGAGAGGGCCAGCAGCUUUGUCCUGAGCAGCCAGGUGGUUUCCAUGCUCCCCACGUGCCACAAAAAUGUCUUCAGGUACCUGAUGGCAUUUCUGCGGGAACUGCUGCAACAUUCUGGGAAAAACCACUUGGACGGGAAUAUUCUUGCCAGUGUAUUUGGGCCUGUUCUGCUGCGUCCUCCGCCUGGCCGCCCAGUGCCCGACCCUGCUGAGAAGCAGAAGGCUCAGCAGUUCAUCCAGCAAUUCCUCCUCCUGGAAGGGAGCUCACAUUGAAGGCUUUGGGUUUGAAAGACCGUUGGUGGGAUUUCUGGGAAGAUACUUUGGUAUAUU